ACCCACACAGAACACAAGUAUACAUAAACAUUGUGUAAAUCAGUAGCAGGUGUAGUGAUGUUACGGAUUAUUUGGUGUCCUCAGAUUGUCAUGUUUGUGUCUGAAUUUUACACUACGGAGCAACAUGGCAUGCGCGGGACUGGUUGGGUGCCUAAAAGCCCGGCUACCCGAGCAGUACGGCUGUAGCGCUGGUAGCUAGUAGAAGGCCCCCAACAAUGAGGUGGACAGUACAGUUGGCCGUGGUUAUUAUGUGUAUCGUGGGAGUGAAGGCUGGGGCACAAGAAGCCGACCUCCAUUCGGGGCCCACAGGUGCUGAUAGGGGCUACGUGGCAGAAUGGCAAUGGGAACAGUGGACACAGCAGAUGGUGUCAGAUAUUAGAAACGUGACUCGUGGGCCAGGAGCCAGAAUGGGAUCAUCUCUGUGGUUUGAUAGUUCUCCUAGUAGUUGGUGGCUGUUUGGUGGUCGUCAGGCACCACCAAGGAGUACCAAAAGCAACACAAAACUAAAAAUCUACACUGACCUCUGGCGCUAUGACACCAGCGCUCGGGGAUGGAGUCAGAUUUUCCCUAUUAACAAGCUAAAGGGAAAUGCUGGAGGAAUGACCCUUCUAAGAACAAAUCUUUUCAGUGAUGGAAACACUCAAAGAAUCACUGGGACCUCAAACAGCAAUCCAGGUGUAGUUCUUUGUGGUCGCACUGAGGGGAAAGGGUUGGAUGAGAGGUCAUUGGCAGUUUAUGCCCCAAGGAGUUCCCGCAGUGACACAGUAUGGCAGCUUGAACUGAAGGAUAAACAAUGGACAGCUUAUGUGUGUUGCUGUGACAACACAGAAAAAUCCACAGGACAGAGUACCAAAAACAACAGUGCAAUGCCAAUAGGAACAUUCAGAAAUGAAACAAAUGACACCAGAAACUUCUCAGUUACCCACGGUAGCAUUCAAAUUACUGAUGAUGGUUGUAAUGAUGCCACAUUAAAUCUGAACCUCAAAGAAGAGUUCAACAAUUAUAGUAACAUUGACAAUACUGGAAACAAUACAAGAAGCUCAAAAGAUGAUGAAAUUCAAAGCAGAACUUCAGAACAUUCAAUAAAAAUGGACAACAGAGAAUCAAAUACUCCACUCAGCAAUCAAGAAAUUUCUUACAAAUUCGACAGUAGUAAAAAAGAAAACAAUGGAAGUAUACCAACACAAACACCUAAUGCUGAAGAAUUUGUUAAAGACAAUGGCAGCUUGUUCAGUGAGCACAUCAGUGCCUCCUCACGUAGUGGAGACAUGAACAAUAGUGAGUCUUCUGUCCAGUAUGAAGGACACAGUGUACUAGAGACAGGUAAACACUGUCUGUCAGAUAUGAAACAUCAGAAUGUUGGUGUCCCAGUAAACAAUGUUCCUAGUAACACCAAUUACAGUGACUUGCCUGAGGGCCACAAUGAUGAGGUAACUGUACAAACUUCAGCUAACACAACAACACACACCAUCCAGCAGAGAGAUAUUAAACUAAGCAAGGAUGCACACAAAAAAUCACAGCCAGACUUUGAUGUUACAACAGGUGAUUCAACUUCGAAUCAAGUAUUUUGUCCCUACUUUGAAAUUAGUGACGAUUCCAAUGAAAAAUCCAGAGGGCAACCUGUUGCAUGGUGUGACUCUCACAAUGAGCUGCUUGCAGCACUUGAUCUGAAAGUAAUUCCUCUAACACUGUGGCAGUUUGAUCUUAAAACAUCACACUGGGCACAGCAAAAGGUUUACAUAGAAGAAGGCACCCUGUGGCCAGGAUGUUCAUCUAAUAUUCGUUACACAUCUACUGGCAGCAUUGUGUACAUCCUUUGUCCACCUUAUGGAGCUACAAAUGCGACUUCCACUCGCCUUGUAUACAGCAUUGAUGCUAAUAAUGCAACCCUUCAAGCCUCAGGCCAAUUGCAGCUUAAUGCUCUGUUUGGAAACCAGGAUGGGAAUUCCAUUUGGGCAGAUGAAACCAAGACAAUUCUACAGACAGUUGAUACCCACAACAGGACAUUGUUACUCAUAGCAUACGACAAACUGCUUGAUAUUUGGGUCUUAGACAGAAACAGUGACCACCGUAAUUUUAUACCAGUUGAAAACAUUUGGCAAGGUAAUGCUCUGAAAUGGUUCCGUGGGUUUGAUGCGCCCUUUUACAACUUACAGAUUGCAGGCCAAUCAUGGCUGCUGCCUAAUCCGAGGCACGUAACACAAUAUUGGCCACGUGAAAGAGGUAGAUUCAUUAUUCGCCUGAUAGGCCAUGGGGAAAAUUCUUCUGGUGCCAGUCCAAUCAAAGAAGUUCUACACACACUGGAAAUGAAGAACCAUUCAGAAACCAGCACUCCAAUCCUGCAGCAUCACCAGGCUCAGGAUGGAAUCAAAGCAUUAAUGUUCUUUGCAUUUUCUCUUUCAAUAUUUGCAAUAUUUGGCAUGGCAGUAUUUGUCAAGCGAUGUGUAACAUGCCCACCAAGGUCUUGGCCUCUUUGUGAUGAUGAUGGAAGCAAGAUAUCAUCUCCUGUUAUAAGAUACAGUGUCAUACCUGAUGACCUGGCAUAUCCUGUAGCAUAACACUGUUAUUUCUGUGUACCUAAAGCAAGGAAAUAUGUCUGUUCUGAGGGUACAGUAUCUGCUAGAAGUGACAGCAGAAACUUCCUAUUAUGAAGUACAGUCCAUAGCUGCACUGGGGCAUGCAGUAAUGAGAAGUUACUGAUGUGUCCACUGAUCUGAUUGAAAAAUUCCACUAUUUCAUAGCAGUUAAAUAUGAAUACAUAUUCAGAGCCUGUGGGAUACUUCUGGAAAAAGCUAUCUCAAGGUACCAUUGCAUUAUUUAGUUGACACUGGCAUUUCAGUAUGAUAAUAUAUGCAUUUGAGUAUAAGAACAGACAAAUCAAAAGAGGAAACUGUCCUAGUUACUUCAAGUAACCUGUUGCAGUGUUUCACCCAAUCCGAAAUCAGCAACGAAACAAAUUUUGAUAUUUCAAUUUCAUUUGAAGAAAAAAUUGUAAAGAUUACUGUUGUCUGGAAAGUGUUGCAGUGUAGUCUGGACGACAGACCCAACGUUUCUUAGGAACCUGUUACCUCAGUCUUAAAGGUAGAAGAAUGUUGAUAUCUAUCUACCAAACUAUACAGUAUCACAUCUGGGAGACUGUAAUCUUAAUAUUCACCACUGUAAGAACCUCAAAUCUUAUGAAACUGGAAUUGUUUGUUAGGUGCAAGGUGCUGUACCUAAGAGAGUAAGCUGUUUUAGCAGUAUGUUUUGAAUGAACACAGGACUACAUAUAUACAAUUCUCUGUAUAUAACAAUUGGGUACACACAGCUACUGUAAAGGUAAAGUUGUCCCUGUGCUCAACUAUUUAAGCACUAUGCCAUUAAGGCAUAUGGGGGAAGCUGUAUAUAUCAUCAUUAUUCUUAAUUCAUUAUUGCAGGAUUUGUGAUGAUCCAGGAAGGUACAUACUUGUAUA